AAACCGGACUUCCUAAAAGCCAUCAAACAAGGGGGAUUUAUUUUUGUAUCAUUUUACAUUUCGUGGGGAGUUGUCUAUUUAUUUAUUUUAUUUUAGGGGGUGUUGGGGGUGUCGGGGGUUGGUGGUGGUGGCGGUGGGGGCGGAACGACAUGGAGUACAGCAGCUCCCCGAAGCCGCAGCUCUCCUCGCGGGCCAACGCCUUCUCCAUCGCCGCGCUCAUGUCCAGCGGCAAGCCGAGCAAGGACAAGGACGACGGGGGCAGCACCAUCAAGCCCCUCGAGCAAUUCGUGGAGAAGUCUUCGUGCACCCAGGCGGCACCCCCGGACCUGUCGUCGUCCUCAUCUUCCUCCUCCUCCUCCCCAUCCUCCUCCUCCUCCUCCUCGCUGGACCUGGUCGGGAGCGCGCCUGCGGUGGCCGCGGGGGCGUGCACGGAGCCCCUGAUCCCGACCAGCCCGGGGGUCCCGUGCAGCGAGGAGAUGGCCAACAUCUCCUGCAGCCUCGAGACCAAAGAACUCUGGGACAAGUUCCACGAGCUCGGAACCGAGAUGAUCAUCACCAAAUCCGGAAGACGGAUGUUCCCGACAAUCCGGGUGUCUUUUUCGGGCGUGGACCAAGAGUCCAAGUACAUCGUGUUGAUGGACAUCGUACCGGUGGACAACAAGAGGUACAGAUACGCUUACCACAGAUCCUCGUGGCUGGUGGCCGGCAAGGCUGACCCUCCUCUACCUGCAAGGUUGUACGUACAUCCCGACUCUCCGUUCAGCGGCGAGCAGCUGAUGAAGCAAAUGGUUUCCUUCGAGAAAGUCAAACUCACCAACAACGAGCUCGACCAGCACGGACACAUCAUCCUGAACUCCAUGCACAAGUACCAGCCUCGGGUUCACAUCAUCAAGAAGAAGGAGCACACGGCCUCGCUGCUCAACUUCAAGUCGGAGGAGUUCCGCACGUUCGUCUUUGUGGAAACCGUCUUCACCGCCGUCACCGCGUACCAGAACCAGCUGAUCACCAAGCUGAAGAUCGACAGCAACCCCUUCGCCAAAGGAUUUCGGGAUUCGUCUCGGCUGACGGACAUGGAGAGGUACAGGGAAUUCUGGGAAUUCUGCUGCAGGGAAAGUGUGGAGAAUCUGAUCCACAAGCACUCGUAUGCCCGCUCGCCCAUCCGGACGUACGCCGGAGACGACGACCACAUGCCCGACGACGGACACCCGCCGCACCCCAGAGGCUCAGCAUUUAGCGCCUCGGACAACCUGUCGCUGAGCUCGUGGGUGAGCGGCGGCGCGACGGGCUUCUCGGGCUUCCAGCCCCCUCCGUCGCUGUCGGCCAUGGGGGCCUCCGGGGCCGCCUCCCUGCCGCACCCCAUCCAGGGCUCGCUGCCCCCCUACGGCCGCCUGGGCGUCCCCCUGGCGCCCGGAGGCGGCCCGUCCUUCCCGUCCUUCCACAUGCCCCGCUACCACCACUACUUUCAGCAGGGUCCCUACGCCGCCAUCCAGGGUCUGCGUCACUCCUCGGCCGUCAUGACGCCCUUCGUGUGACUUGACGCCCGCACCCCCGCACUCGCCCCCCCCCCCCCCCCUCGCCCGGACAGCCUCUCUUUUUCAUCUUUGUGUAAAUAGUUCAGCCGACCCGCCAACAGUAACAGAAAGGACCUCCGACAAGCGGAAGUAACCACCCAAAAGUCCACGGAAGGAACGCAAGGAGCGGAAAGCAGACCCAUCGAUGUCGGAAAGGUUUUGUUGCCAAGGCAACAAGACGGCGAACCUCAAAUCAAUGGCUUGGAUGUUAUCGAACGCGAUGGAACCUUGUACGGAGGCCCAGACUGAAAGGAAAACAAUCAUUAAUUAUACAAGAAAAAAAAUUAAGACUCGGUUUCUCACAAGACUGCAAUUUUUUUUUUUUUACCCCUCAUUGAAUUCAUACCCUUUAUUUGGAGGAAAAAUUAAUUGACUUUUUCUUCCAUUUUUUUUCAACAUGAAAUAUUCAGAUUUUUUGUGUCUGAAGAUAAUUAUUUUGUAAGAUUGGAAAGUUUUUUUUUUUGAUAUCACAAAUUUUUUUCUUAAUAAAUUAAGGACUUUUUCCCCUCACA